CAAGAUCCGUGCACCCAAAUUGUGUAGCAUUUUCGCUCUCCAGAUUGUGCUUCUUCUGACAUUUCAUUUUCUCUCCCCUCACUCACGGCUCACCCCUCUUCCUUACAGUUUAGGACCCAAUAAAAACCGUCAGAUCAACCGCACAGAAUUACAGGCGUCGUCUUCUCCGCCCAUCAUUAUAAAAAUCCCAUUUCAAUUUUUAUUUUGAAUUUGCGCAGCAAAAUUUGAAUUGAAGAAACCCCCUUUAAAGAAAAUGGAGGAACUACAAAUCCAGGUUGCGCAAGCAGUUAAUGUGUUGAACCAUGAUUCACAAUCUUGCAAUAGAGUUGCAGCAAAUCAAUGGCUGAUUCAGUUUCAACAAUCUGAAGCUGCUUGGGAGGUUGCCACUUCUCUCCUCACUUCCUCCUCACAUCCCCCGCCUCUUUUCUCCGAAUUCGAAGUCGAAUUCUUUGCUGCCCAGAUUCUUAAACGCAAGAUACACAAUGAGGGUUACUACUUACAGUCAGUAGCAAAGGAUGCACUUUUGAAUGCUCUUUUGGUGGCUGCUAGAAGAUUUAGUUCAGGACCCCCACAGCUAUUAACGCAGAUAUGUUUGGCGCUCUCUGCACUUGUACUGCGAGCAGCAGAGUAUAGGCAACCUAUUGAACAACUUUUUUAUAGUCUUCAAAGUUUUCAAACACAGGAAAACGGCAACAUUGCUGUUAUAGAGAUGCUAACUGUUUUGCCGGAAGAAGUAGUUGAGGAUCAAAGUACUGAUAGUAGCAUAAAUUUUGCACAGCGGUCUCAGUAUACAAGAGAGCUUCUAUCACAUACUUCUAUGGUUCUUGAGUUCCUGAGGCAGCAAUCAGAGAAAAGGUUCGAAGAUAACAACCAGAUGCAUGAAAGGAAUAGGAAGAUAUUGCGGUGCUUACUCAGCUGGGUUCGAGCUGGGUGCUUCUCGGAGAUUCCUUCUGGCUCAUUGCCUUCUCAUCCUCUUCUGAAUUAUGUGUUCAACUCCUUGCAGGUUUCAUCUUCUUUUGAUCUAGCGGUUGAAGUACUUGUUGAGCUUGUUAGUCGCCAUGAGGAGCUACCUCAGGUUUUAUUAUGUAGAGUUCAGUUUUUAAAGGAUGUUCUACUUCUUCCAGCUCUUGGCAGUGGAGAUGAAAAAAUUGUCAGUGGAAUUGCAUGCUUGCUGUCAGAAAUUGGUCAGGCUGCACCAUCUCUGAUUGUAGAAGCAAGUUCCGAAGCUCUGAUCUUAGCAGAUGCACUUUUGAGGUGUGUGGUAUUUUCUAGUGAAGAUUGGGAUAUAGCAGAUUCAACAUUGCAAUUCUGGGGAAGCCUUGCUAGCUAUAUACUAGCUCUCAAUGCGGAUGAGAGGAAAAGAAGAGCACAUAUUGAAAAAAUGUUUUUCCCUGUGUUCUCAGCCUUACUUGAUGCUCUACUGCUGCGCACUCAGGUUGAUGAAUCUACUUAUGACGGAGAUGGAGGAAACAAUGAGCUGCCUGAUGGUCUUGCAAAUUUCCGAAUGAGCUUGGCUGAACUUCUGAUGGAAAUUUGUCACUUUUUAGGACCUUCGACGUACAUUCAAAAGGUUUUCCUGGGUGGAUGGAUGUCAGGAAACAUGCCUAUUCCUUGGAGCGAGAUAGAAGCCAAAAUGUUUGCACUUAAUGCGGUUGCUGAAGUGGUCAUACAGGAGAGUGUAAAGUUCGACUUUUCUAUUGUUUUGCAUUUGGUGACAAUUCUAUCCAGCAGGACAUCUAAUGAACCUAAAGGAUUCAUGUGUAUUGUGUACAGAUCACUUGCUGAUGUUAUUGGAUCCUAUUCUAAGUGGAUAUCUACUCUUCAACCAAAUGCUAGACCUCUGCUAUUGUUUCUUGCUGCUGGGAUCUCACAGCCUCUGUCUGCUAGUCCAUGCGCAUCUGCCCUGCGUAAAAUAUGUGAAGAUGCAUCUGCAAUAAUGUUUGAGCCCUCGAAUUUGGAGAUUUUAAUCUGGAUUGGAGAGGGUCUGGAAAAGCAGCAUUUACCACUAGAAGAUGAAGAAGAAGUUGUUGGUGCAAUCGCUCUAGUUGUUGGCUUUCUUCCUAGUAAUGAGCUGAAGAACAACUUGUUGUCUAGAUUACUAUCUUCUUGCUAUGAUGUCAUUCAGAAACUUGUUAAUGAUGAGAAGCAUGGAUUGAGGCAGAACCCAGCUGCUUAUACACAAGUCUUGAAUUCUGCUUCCAGGGGAUUGCACAGGAUAGGAACUGUUCUUAGUCAACUGGCUGCACCCCUGUGUGCUGGAUCUACUGCAGAUGAUCCACUUCUCGUGAUGUUAAGCAUAUUUUGGCCGAUGAUAGAGAAACUUUUUAAAUCAGAAUACAUGGAAAAUAGCAGCUUAUCAGCAGCUGCUUGCCGGGCUCUUUCCCAAGCUAUUCAUUCAUCAGGUCAACAUUUCACAGCGCUCUUGCCCACAGUUUUAGACUGCUUAUCUACGAACUUCAUCUCUUUUCAGAGUCAUGAAUGUUACAUCAAAACAGCUUCCAUUGUGGUUGAAGAAUUUGGUCAUACGGAGGAAUAUGGGCCUUUAUUUAUCUGCACAUUUGAGAGAUUCACCAAUGCAGAAUCAGUGACAGCUCUUAAUUCGUCUUACAUAUGUGAUCAAGAGCCCGAUUUGGUUGAAGCCUUUGUUGGUUUCACAUCCAGUUUUGUUCGUGUAUCUUCCAAGAAGGUAUUGGCAGCAUCUGGUUCCCUACUAGAAGCUUCCUUACAAAAGGCAGCAAUAUGCUGCACAGCCAUGCAUCGUGGUGCUGCUCUUGCUGCUAUGUCGUACAUGUCCUGUUUAUUGGAAGCUGCUUUAAUCUCGCUGUUAGAAUCGGUGACAAAUAUGUCGGAAGAAGCCUUCACUUGUGUAGCUAUUCAAGUCAUAUCGAAUAGUGGUGAAGGACUCGUCUCCAAUGUGUUGUACGCUCUGCUUGGAACCUCUGCAAUGUCGAGGGUUCACAAAUCUGCAACCAUUUUGCAACAAUUAGCUGCAGUUUGUUGUUUGAGUGAGAGAACAUCUUUGUCAACAGUCCUUUGUUGGGAAACCCUUCAUGGAUGGCUUCAUUCAGCGGUUCAUGGGAUGCCUGUUGAGUACUUGAAGCAAGGUGAAGCGGAAACUUUGGUCCCAAGUUGGCUCAAGGCCCUAGCAGCUGCAGCCUCUGAUUAUCUUGAAAGUAAAACAUGCAAGGGAAUAAAGAUGGAUUAUGAGCAUGGCCAUAUGCAAGGUAAAGGUGGAAGGGUACUGAAACGUUUGGUACGUGAAUUUGCUGAUAGUCAUCGUAAUCUACCAAAUUUUACUUGAGAUGGCUGUUAGUGAUCUUGCCAAACUACACUUGGAUCUGUCAAUCGUGCAUUUGCUGAUAGUCAUCGUAAUCCUGAUAACGGAGAUACUAGUGCUUGAGAAUUUAUCUGCACAUAGCACCUCGAAAUUCUUCAAAGCAAAAUGAAGCAGUGAUCCAUUUAUAUCUUUUAAAUCCCAACCUUUGUACAGACAUUUAGACGUUCUUUGGGGGAUUCAAACAGCCAAAUUUUGAUCCUAUAUAAUUCAACAUCAGUUUUCCUCUUUUUACCUCAUGUAAUUUUGGGUCUUAGGUAACGAUGCGUACAUCAAAUCACCCCGAGCCCCUACCCUUGGAGCUUUGUGAGGUGGGUUGUGAGAUUGUGUAAACUCAGUGGAAGUGUUCUUCACAAAUGAAGCACUGCAAUGAGUGCAUUUUUUUCAGAAGUUCUGAGGAGCGUCCAUAUGGAGAAUUGGUGUAUAAAUAGAAUGGUUGAAAUUGUUACUCUCUUCUUUUGUGAAAUCAUUCUUAUUGUAAUAAGCGACACUGCGACAAGCUGAACUUCGCAAUGGUUUCGAUUUAGUUUAGCUGAUUAAUACAUAUCCAUUUUCCUAA